GGAGAUACGCAAAGACACACGGGACAUUCGCCUCGCUCGACUGAUACGCGCCGAAUGACUCGGCUCAACAGUGAACAGUGUUUUUCACCGAGGUGUUUACGCCAGACGCUACGUCAUUUCGUGGAAUCCGGCGCUCGGCUCCCGACCGAGUUGUUUACGACGCUCGGCGAAACAAGGUCACAGUCACACCGUACGCCGUACGCCAUAUCAGUUACGCGGCGACAGUUGAACGAGUCUGUUGCGACCGCGCCGCUCCGCGUACCCGUAUUGUUCCUGCCCGAAUACGCGUUCGCGACAAGCGCGGAAAGAAACCGCGAUCGCUCUCCGCGAUUGAUCCAGUGAUCAAUGUCGUCGCGCGAUCGCUAAAUUCCCGCGAUUCGCCAUCGACGCUCGGUCGGCCGGCGAGACUCAUUUCCGUUACAGUGAUUCGUGCGGAUAUCAAAGUGACGGUGUGAUCGAACGGUUCGCAUUAGCGCUCGGUGACAAUCGAGCACAGCGCAGAUCGAAGACCGCAGUGGCAUGCGGAUAAAGUGACUUCUCGCGAGUGCGCCAGAGGACAGCCAUGAGGACAAGAACGCCUGAGAGGAGGACACCUGCGUGGAAGAGGACACCUAGGAUAGACAUCGGACGCCAUCGCAGGAUCAACGUGGACACAACUCCGUUGCUGCGCAUCGUGUCGGUGAGUGACACGUUUCUUAUCGAGAGUCGUACAGCACGACGCGAAUUCAUGAACAGCAUAGGCGAGGCAUGCAACGAGCUGAAGCAACAGUACGACGCCUGCUUCCACACGUGGUUCUCCGAGAAAUUCUUGAAAGGUGACACGAGUGACAGCACAUGCUCGCACUUAUUCAAAAUGUAUCAGCAGUGUGUCAAGAAAGCCAUGAAGGAGCACCACAUUGAGCUGAAGGACAUGGAGGCGAAUUAUCUGGAGACCGAGAAGGAGAAGAAGCCGCACAGUUGACAUAGAGACGUUCGCACAUUCUAGAUCCCACGUAGCUUUUUCAUGAGUCACCGGCGACGUAAACUUUGGAACUCGGACGUCAUUCCUACUUUUUUUGUAAACAGCCAAGUUAAACUGAGCCCGUGUUCAUUUUAAUCGAUACUUAAUGUUAUUAACCGGUCGUCGCGCUAUUAUCGCCGAAUGUUUUACACACUUUAUUUGUAAUGUUGAAUUGUGUAUCAAGUGAAAGUGUAUAUAUAAUGUCUGUGGUACUGUCACGUAAUAUACAUAUAUAUGUGUCGAGUGCAAA